AAUGUUGAGUAAAGCUGAAGCCGUAGAACUGAAUUACCCGCGAUGAAGAUGAUGAUGACAAGGGCGACAAUGGCGAUCAUCGCUUUUUCUUCUCCUGGUUCCGGUACAUGCAUGCUUUCUCUUCCUCCUCAUUUCUUGUCUUCAUCGCAUUAUACCUUUCAUUCCAAAUCGCUGAAUUUUAACACCCUGGAUGAUGCCCUCUCUUCUUUUAAUCGGAUGCUUCAUAUGCAUCCUCCUCCCUCUAUUGCUGAUUUCACUAAACUUUUAACCUCCAUCACUAAAAUGAAACACUACUCCACUGUGCUUUCUCUUUCUCACCAAAUGGAUUCUUUUGGAAUUCCACCCAACAUUUACACUCUUAACAUCCUCAUUAAUUCUUUCUGCCAUUUGCAACGGUUGGGUUUCGCUUUCUCCGUUUUAGCCAAAAUCCUCAAACUUGGGCAUCAACCCAAUAUUGCAACCUUCAACACUCUGAUUAGGGGGCUCUGUGUUGAGGGUAAAAUCGGUGAAGUCCUCCACUUGUUUGAUAAAAUGAUUGGGGAAGGUUUUCAACCCAACGUAGUUACAUAUGGAACAUUGAUAAAUGGGUUAUGCAAAGUGGGCAGCACUAGUGCCGCUAUCAGGUUGCUUAGAAGCAUGGAACAAGGAAAUUGUCAGCCUGAUGUAGUUGUCUAUACCUCCAUCAUUGAUAGCCUUUGUAAGGACAGACAAGUAACCCAGGCUUUCAACCUUUUCUCUGAGAUGAUCCAUCAAGGCAUUUCACCUAGUAUUUUUACUUACAACUCAUUAAUUCACGCACUAUGUAAUUUAUGUGAGUGGAAACAUGUCACAACACUGCUCAAUGAAAUGGUAAAUAGCAAGAUAAUGCCAAAUGUAGUUAUCUUUAGUACAGUGGUGGACACACUCUGUAAAGAAGGAAAGGUCAUGGAGGCACAUGAUGUGGUCGAUAUGAUGAUUAAAAGAGGUGUGGAGCCUAAUGUAGUCACCUACAAUGCAUUGAUGGAUGGACACUGUUUGCGUUCUGAAAUGGAUGAGGCGGUUAAAGUAUUUGAUACAAUGGUUUGUAAGGGAUUUGCUCCUGAUGUUGUCAGUUAUAGCACCUUGAUCAAUGGUUAUUGCAAGAUUCAAAGGAUAGAAAAGGCCAUGUAUCUCUUUGAAGAAAUGUGUCGAAAAGAAUUGAUUCCUAACACUGUGACUUACAGCACUCUUAUGCAUGGCUUAUGCCAUGUUGGAAGACUCCAGGAUGCAAUAGCACUUUUUCAUGAGAUGGUAACUCGUGGCCAAAUUCCAGAUUUUGUCACUUACUGUAUUUUAUUGGACUAUCUAUGCAAAAAUCGUCGUCUUGAUGAAGCUAUGGCUUUGCUGAAAGCUAUUGAAGGUAGUAAUAUGGAUCCUGAUAUACAAAUUUAUACUAUUGUCAUUGAUGGCAUGUGUAGGGCUGGUGAACUUGAGGCUGCAAGGGAUCUCUUUUCCAAUCUCUCCUCCAAAGGUUUACAUCCUAAUGUUUGGACUUAUACCAUAAUGAUAAAUGGGCUUUGUCAACAAGGGUUAUUGGCUGAGGCAAGUAAGUUAUUUGGGGAAAUGAAGAGGAAGGGCUACUCCCCAAAUGGUUGCACUUAUAAUUUGAUUACUCGAGGAUUUUUACGGAAUAAUGAGACACUAAGAGGUAUUCAACUUCUUCAAGAAAUGCUUGCAAGGGGAUUUUCUGCUGAUGCAUCCACCUCCACACUAUUAGUGGAAAUGUUGUCUGAUGAUGGAUUAGAUCAAUCUGUAAAACAAAUUCUUAGUGAGUUUCUACAGUAAAGAAUUAUGAUAUUCAUCGAUUCUAAUUUUCUAAAUAUGAACUUCUUUGAGGGUCUCACUCUUCAUUAUUGUUGUUAAUGGCUUUUGAUCGUGUU